AUGCCGGCCCUUGGCUUACUCCUUGAAUAUCCUAUAUUUGAUACAUACACGAGGAAGAUCGCGAACGUCAACGAGAAAUUACAGCCAUCUGAUCCAGACUAUCGACCGGCAAUUGACUUUGAACUUCACCGGGAUGUCAUCGAACAAUUUAAGCAAGAGCACAUUUAUUCGCGGAUGCGGUCUAUUGAAGACCAGGAAGCCGUAUUUGACGGAUGGAUGCGUUCUGUCGAUUCAUACUCAGGCAAUGACCUUCUCUACUUAAAUUCCAAGGGAAUCAUCCCGACUGCAGCAGUCAUCAGGAAAGGUGAACGAAGAAGCAAUCCAUUUAGGGAGAGGAAACGGUUUGACACCACAACUUUCUCUACUGCCAGCUGCACAGAAGCAAAUUCUUUUCCGGAAGAGGAAGAGGAAGAGGAAGAAGAGAGUUUAGACAAAGCAAAGCUGAAUGAUAUGGAGGGAUAA